UUUCCGGUGUUGCAGGACAAACGGGAAUGAUCUUGUGAAAGAGUCAGACAUUUGUUAUAAGACAUGUCACCAGAAAGGAGCGCAUUUAGACAUAAAAACAAAACAAAGUUAGAAUUUGACUUGGUGUUCUUCAAAAGAUUUUUGAAGUUAGCAACAGUUGUGUUUCCCAAAUGGACCAGUGGGAAUGUUUUACUUUGUAUUUUACUACUUUGUCUUGGACUCUUAAGAGAAGUUGUGGUAUUCAAUAUAGGAUAUAUUCCAUCCAAGUAUUACAAAGUAUUUGGAACAAAAGAUAGUGAUGGUUUUAAAGAAGUGACAAUUCUGGCAGCAGUUCUCAUAUUGUCUAUAUCAGUUAUAAAAAGUACUGUAUCAUAUAUCACAUCAUUAUUAGAAAUUAUAUGGAGAGCCAAUAUAACAUAUUCUCUGCAUAGGUUGUAUUUUAAAGAUGUAGUAUAUUACAAUAUCAAUUGUUUUGGGAAAGUAGAUAAUCCAGAUCAACGAAUCACCCAAGAUGUAGAUAGAUUUUGUUAUUACUUAAGUACAGUAUUUGCUCCAUUGAUCAUAGCACCAUUUACUAUAGGAUAUUAUCUAUAUAAAACUGUUCAAAGUGCAACUUAUUUAGGACCAGUAGGAGUAAUCUCUUUCUUCAUCGUAGCCACUAUAAUUAAUAAAAUACUCAUGUCUCCUGUUGUUAAUCUUGUCUUCAAGAAGAAAGAAAAGGAAGGAAAUUUCAGGUUUAAACAUAUGCAAAUUAGGAUGUAUUCAGAAUCGGCAGCGUUUUAUAAAUCAGGACAUAUAGAAAAGAAUAAAACUAAUAAUCAACUACUCAGUUUACUCAAGAUGUCACAGAAACUUGUCCUCAGGGAAUAUCCUCUUAAUUUUUUUAUCAACUUGUCUAAUUACUUUGGAAGUAUACUGAGUUAUCUCCUCUUGGCCAUUCCAAUAUUUGGGGGAUCAUUUGAUAGCAUGUCUUCAGUUGAGUUGUCAGCCAAGAUCAGUAGUACAUCUUUUGUGAUAAUGUACUUGAUCAACAAUUUUACCAAACUGAUAGACUUAGCUGCAGAUGUAGCAAGAAUGGCGGGAAAUGCACACAGAAUAGGUGAAAUUAUGGAAGAGCUUGGUAAAAUCAAAGCAGAAAAAGAAACAACUUAUCAUUUCAUAGAGAAUGAAUCUAUAACAAGAGAGAACAAUUCAUUUCAUCUGAACACACUUCUUGUUAAUAGCGAGGACAAUGACCGUGAUCGUCAGAUUGCUGUCACUGAAACAAGAAGACAGAAAGCAGUUACUGUAGAUAACCUUACUUAUGGACCACCACAGUGUAGAGAUAUUCUAUGUAGGAAUUUGAAGUUUAAUAUAGAACUCAAUACCAAUAUACUCAUAACAGGAGACAGUGGAUGUGGUAAAAGCUCUCUUUUAAGAGUUUUAGCUAAUUUAUGGCCAUCAGUUACAGGUAAAGUGAAGUACCAUAUACCAGAGAGACCACAUCAUAUGCUGUUCUUGCCUCAAAAACCUUAUUUUACUAAUGGAUCACUUAGACAACAGAUAAUAUUUCCUAUAGAAGAUGUAGAACCUCCUGUUGUGUCUAUAGAUGAAGAUAGGAUUCACCAAUACCUUGAGUUUGUAGGACUCACUAACAUUUUAAACAGGGUUGGCAUGGAUACGGAAACAGACUGGAAUUGGUAUGAUGAAUUAUCACCAGGAGAAAUGCAGAGGUUAUCUUUUGUUAGAUUAUUCUAUCACCAACCAAAAGUUGCAGCUUUAGAUGAAGCCACUAGUCAAAUUGGCCUAGAAGCUGAACAGAAAAUGUAUCUAAAAUGUAAAGAAUUAGGAAUAACUCUUGUUAGUGUGGGGCACAGAGAAAGUCUACGACAAUUCCAUCAUAUAGAGUUACACUUAGAUGGUAAAGGUGCCUGGACAUUACAACCCAUCACAGAUAAUAUAUAUACACAAAGUGAUGUGUAAAAUUAUGACAUUUAGGGAUUAUUUAUACUAUGUUAUGAUAGGGUUAUUACAGAUGAUCUUUGUUUUGUUUUUUUGUUUCUGAAUGACAAUCAUUUUAGUCAACAUUUUUUUAAUUUUUUGUAUCUCUUAUCUCUCAAAUACUUUGUCUAGAUUAAGGAAAGUCAGACAUUGAAGCUAUCCAUGAUCAUAAUAAACAGUUGCUAGAAGUUUCUCCACACUAAAAUUUCUUUUCUGUUUAUUGCUUAUAAUUCAGUACUGAUUAUUUUUUAAUCAAAAUUGCAUCUUUGUAAGAGAAACACAAAACAAUAUGAUUGGAUAGUCUACAGAUUAGGGUUUCAUUCUGAAGAAAAUGAGAGGGCAUGGCGCCUGUUCUAUUUUUAUGAAUUCCUUCCCUUUUUUGUAGACAUUGUAACGCCCUACUUUUUUUCUGUUUUUUUAUAACCCUUGUCAUAGUUAAUGAUCAGUGCUUUGUUUUACUUUCAAGUAAGACCAAAUACCUUUAAAGACAAAAUUUAAUUGAUCACCUUUUUUUCCCCAAUGUUUACAUUGAGCCAUUUUUGAAGCAGAAGAUACGAAUUCUGUCAAUACUAGAAUGAAAUUAAGACUGCCUUGUUUCUUUCAUGAUUUGAAAUGUAUACCAUUUAAAGGGGAACCAGGUAAUAGUUCCAUAUGUUGUUUUAGAAUGAAUGAUAUGAUUGGUAACCACUCAGCUGAUAGCUCAUAUUUUCAUUUACUAAGAAUAUUUGAACAAUUUAGGCUGUCAAGGGAUUUGAUGGAUCUGUCUAUGGCCCUCUUUCUGUCCUCAUUCAAGUAUACUUAAAAAUAUAGAACUGCUGACAGAUAGUUUUGAUUUCAACCCUUGUUAUGCUGUCAGAUUGAAAGGAAUUAGCCAGUUACCAAUUAACUGAUUAGGUAAAUAGUACAAAAAUCAAGUUUCAAUUAAAAAAAAACAACAAAAUUAAAAAGUUACCAAAACAUUGUGAUUUGUAAACAUUAAGAAGCAAAAGGUUUAUGGCACUUAUUUUGUUGUGCAACUAUAAAAGACUGUAUGCUCUUUUAUAAACAUUAAAGCCUUGGCAAUUUCAUACAAAUCUUCAGAUACAUUCUGCUUUAAAGUCAGAAGUCCAUUAAA